AGAGAUGGAUGCUGCUCCUCACGUUAGGAAGGAGAGGAGGAAGGUGACAGCCAGCGAGCAGGAGGGCAGGAGGAUCAGGAGAUCCUCAGCUCAGAACCUCCCCGACAUCCUCUCCUCCUCCCCUCCCACCUCCUCCCCUCUCUCCCCUUCCACCUCCUCCCCUCCCUCCUCCUCCACUCUCUCCCCUUCCACCUCCUCCCCUCCCUCCUCCUCCACUCUCUCCCCUUCCACCUCCUCCCCUUUCUCUCCCUCCUCCUCCACUCUCUCCCCUUCCACCUCCUCCCCUUUCUCUCCCUCCUCCUCUCGUAGCGCCUCACCCCUCACCCCAACCUCCAGCCCAUCAGGUUCUCAGAGGUCCUCUCCUCUACCGCCCCCCGAGGUGACCAACGGUACUGCAGCCUCCCCAUCUCCCACUGAACAGGAGCCCAAGACUACGUCUAACCUGGGGCGAUCAUUCCUCAGUCACCACAUGUCCGCCUUGGGGAUCAGUAGGAGGUCACGGCUCUUUAACAAGGCUGGUUCCAUCUCUGAGGAACCUGCUCCUUCUGCCUCUCGAGCCGCAAGCAGCCCGUCUCCUACUGACUUGGCUGGCCCUGAGAAGCAACAGCAGCCCCAGAUGGUCCCGGAGCAACACGGGAACAAGACGGAGAGGAACACCUUCAGCCCAGAGGACUGUAAUGUUGAUAUGGACAAGCCCGUCCUCAGGAAGUUUCAGUAAGUACGGUUAUGGAGCGUUAUGUUGCAUGAUGGGAGGUGGCCGACCUGCUUUGGAGCCUGCUGCUUUCUGGGAGA